UUUCAUUUGUAUUCCCUUUUCGGACGUAGCAACACCUACUCUACUGCUCUCAGCGCCGGCUUUAGUCGCACUAACUAAAAAUUCCAUUUUGCAUUCAACAAACGCGGCGUGUGCUUAAACAAAAUGUGCGGAGGUUGGGCGUGUGCCUCUUAUGGAAUUGCCUGCAACAAUCAUCGUCUGUCUACCAUUCGGUUUACGGGUCGUUGCUUUGCGCCUACCCCAUGUGGUAUAUGUGACAAUUGUUCCGCAUGCGGUGGCUGUUGCGGCGGCGGCGGCUGCUGUGGCUGGUAGCAGUAGUUCCACUUGACGUUGACCC